CUUUUGCCGGUUAGUACUGAUUGUACCACUGCCGGGUGCGGAUCGCCGAUCUAGUCAGAUAUCUUGCAAUCACUCGAAAUUAUUGUGUAAUGUGUUAGAACGUGUCGAAAUCGGUAAAUGAGCCGAGAACAAAAAACGACGAUUCGUUAGAUCACGAGUGAUUGAAAGUGCUUCCCAGUGGCUGCGGAAGAAAAUUUGUGCUAAUUUUAUGGGUUACGGUUAUUACUCUACUGAUUUAGUGAACUACAUCCGCCUCACCAGUUUCAACCACAACAACCAGUGUCAUUAGAACGGAGCCUCCAGUCCACGUGGCUUUUGUUUUGUUAAUUUUGCGCUGUGUUCUCCCAUUGCUAUAUUUUAGCCGGUGAGCGAAUUGUGGUGAAUAACAAAAACCUUUAACUAAACAAAUCCCUCGGAUCAAGUCAGCCCCGUUACAAUACAAAAUGCUGCAUCCAACAGAGCAAUCCCGGUUGAUUUAUCACCGGUGAAAAGUGCAUUUUAAAGUGUAAAGGAUUGGUGACCUUCAAUAGCGACGUUUCACGACCGCUUCAGCAUCGCAGCAGUACGAGAGUGGUGGGAAUUACAUCCAGCUAACAGAGCGCACACAUCACCGCGGUACGGAAAAACCGCAUUCGCACUCUUUUUUUUUUUUUGAGCCCAGGAUAAAAAUCACACCACCACACAAUAUGGAGUAUCAGGAGCAGCAAAGUUGUGCGUGUUCGCACAACGAAACCAAACCAUCCUGCUUCAGUUUGCGUGAUUCUUAUAGGAUCAUGCUGACCAAACUAUGGAGAAGCUGCUUUCCCAAUUCGGCAAACUCCCCACAUCAUGUCGAGCGACAUCACUUUUACCUGUGUCAGUGGCAGAGUAACACCCAGGUCGGAAUAUGCUACCUAAUGUAUCGGCUCAUCGUAGCCAUACUCUUCCUGGCAGUGCUGGCUUGCUCGCUGCUCGACAUUGGCCGAUCGGAACCGAUGCUGGAGCACCACUACGCCAAAUGGUGGAUCUAUCUGACGCACUGGGCGCUGCUGGCCUGCGCGUUUCAAGCCUGGUUGGCGGCACUCAUCGUUACCAAGGGACUGAUGAUCGACCGGAACGAGUUCGAAUGGAACAUACAUGUGGCCAGAGAAAGCCGACUUCACGCGGUCUACUGGGUUGUCUACACUAUCGCUACGGUCUACUCGUUUAUUGUCACCAUCGUCUACUGGACGUUUGUUUACGAUCCGGAGGUUCACCGAGUGGACGCCGUCAACCUGAUGGUGCACGUGCUCAAUUCGGUCAUAAUGCUAAUCGAUUUGACCAUCGUGGGACACCCGAUCCGGCUCAAUCAUGCCUACUGGACGACCGGAAUUGGCGUGCUGUAUGCGCUUUUCUCUGUCAUCUACUAUCUGGCUGGCGGCACUGACAGGCAUAACGAGUCCAGUAUCUACAAAAUGCUCGACUGGCAGAAGCCGGGCAAAUCGAUUGUAAUCUGCGCGCUUGGUGUCUUCUUCGUUUUCGUGGUCCACUUCAUCUGCUACUGUCUGUACUGCCUGCGGGUGUGGCUGUACGCGCGAGUUUGCCUCCCGGAGCCGACCGACAGUUCCGUCUUGAGUGGCAGCAGCACCCGAAAGACCAGCCGGGAGAAGGUAAGCUCGAUCACACGGACGCUUUCGUCGAUGGAGGAAUCACAACGGGAGCAGUUCCUCAAUCCGUCGACCGUCAUCGAUCUGAAGUGAUUGACCGAGAGCGGGCAGCAGCCGUGUGGCUCCCGGGCCGCGCCCACCAACCGCCCACCGUCAGCUGGGCCAGGUGGUGGCUGGCGCGGCCAGUAAUCAGCUGCCCAUUCCAAACACAUUCCAAGCACUAUAACCAAAGGGACUGCACCGAACGGCGGAUGCCCUUAGCUCAAGUUUUUCACUGGACAGUCAUUGUUGAACACAAACUAGACUUCUAAACAGCAUGCGAAUAGCGGCUCUUGUGAUGUUUAAUUGAAGAUGUAGAGUCUAAACCAAGAAUCAAAAAUGCUACAACGUUGUUUGGUGAAGUAAUAGAUUAUGUAAAUUGAUAGUAGAAUUUUACGUAGAUCGUUAGCAGCAGAAACGAUUUUGUAUUCAGAUUUGAAAUGUAGCCAGAACUUAGUCAGGAUUGUAAUAAAAGCAGAGGCAAAGCGAUAAAUUUCUAUCGCGCGGUUUAGUGAAUAAAUUCAAACGAUUUUUUUUUUCGAUAACAGUCAAAGAUCAUUUAGUUUAAUGAAGCAAGAAAAAAUAUCAGAUUGUUCAUGGUUAUAAAACAAUAUAAAGGCUCAUAUGUGAUUAACGCAACAAAUCCGUUAACUGAAUGGUUUUUCAAUUAAUGGCAGACAAAAGCGCCAUGUUGUUUCUGUGGAAUACAGAAAUAGAGCUGAUGUGAUUGAUGCAUUCCUAAUUUCAGGGCAUACGAAUAGCUUGCCCGCAAAAAAAAACCAAACAAAUUUUUAGUUAAAAUUUGUUCCAACACAAUCGAAAAAUUGUCGGGGACUGUGUUAAAAAACAGUUUAAAUCUAAAGUCAUAUAAAAAACACAGUCAUCAGCCUGGAAUUAGGUAAAGCAUCAAAGGUACAAGAUAGUUCCUCGCAAGUAUUGUAUUUUAAUUCUGUCACAUGCUGGACCAAACGUAGAGACCGUUAAUAAAUCCCAAACAUUUAUGUUUGAUUAGAUUGAAAGUUUUCUGCGAAAGCUUCAAACGUACUCCCGCAGAACGAGGCCUUCUUUUUCUGCAAGGUUACAACAAGUCACGAAAGAGAUUUGAGAUAACGUUCCAAGUGAAUAAAAGCACUUGAAUUGAUUUUCAUCAUCCAUAUCGAGGAAACAGCAAGACAGAGUAGGAAAGUAGCUGUUGUUGCGGUGUUACAUUAAAUAUUAUUUCCCUCUGAGGAAGCAAACAAACGGAAUGUAUAUGCUCGCGUAGCGACAUAACACAUCAAAGCAUAAUUCUAAUUCAACCCUAUAUAACCUGUGUAGAUCAAUUACCAGUCUUAGCUGAUAUCGCGAAAUAUUAAAAGACUCAGUCGCAAACGUGGACUCAUAUUACCACUAUUAUAGUGCAUGACAGCAAUAAUAUUGCCCUUCAAUGAUGUUUUGUAGCCAGAGAAAUUAAGUAUUAUUAUCGCUUGAAAAGCACUGCAUUUUCCUAUCAAACGUUACAGUUCGCUACAACGCGAUAGUAUUUAAGAUGUUAUGCACAUCAAAGUGGAACCACUUUUAGUGUGUUCAUUAUUAUUUGCACCUAGAUUUAUUGCAUUUUUGCUCAGAAGUAUGUUCAAUUUACUGUUGAUAAAACUGCCUUUGUUUUCAAAAUUUAACACAGUAAAACGUUUUAGCUGAAGUCCAGAACAAAAAUGUUAGGCACAACAUAAUUUUGGUCUACUACCUAGAAAUUAUUAAACAAUAUAUCGACUCCUGAUCUUUACAAAUAUCAUAAAAAUUUCUUAUCCUAAAGCUCGCUAUACAUGCCCUUAAUCUACUAUUGUUUCGUGCUGGUACAGGAUGUGGAAAAACUAAAAAAAGUUUAUAUAUAAAAAACUACAAUUACUUGUGUUCUUACUAAGCUAACUCAUCUCCAACUGGAUUCCAACAUUAGAAACAUAAAUAUUUAUCGUUUCGUAGUAAUAAACCACCUCCUAUAGCAGUACUUUCGAAAAAAAUUCUAACGUUGAACUAAAACACGAACUACUAAGUAAAACAAGGAACUCGAUUGAAAUGAUCCAUUGAAACAUCAUCAUGAUAAAAGCGCAAACAACACUUUUAUGCGAAGGAUGGUUAAAAAGUACAAUACACAAAACACGUAUAAAGAAAUAGUUAACUAUAGAGUACCUAUGAAGAAGUAACCCAUAACUUUUCACCUAAAGUAAUAGUUCGCAACCAUAAAUUCAGUCCAAGUGCACAGGUUGCAACCAAACUCAACACACAAUUACGCUGAGUGCAUGGAGAUAGUCACAGCAUCACACUCUACAGUUUUGCGUACAUACGUUCCUGCACAGAGAGCUAUUGUUUAUCCUAUCAAUUGCAUUAGUCUUAGGCUUAUAUCUGCACCCGAGGAUAGUAUUCAGCGAACAAUAGUUUGUUCGAAUGGUCAACAGGUUCCCGACCAACCACUCUUUAAGUUUCUUCAUGAAACGAGAACGAUCGCUAUCGACUAGUUUUGAACCUAUAUCGAUUGCUUUCAGUUGUUGUCGUUUCAUAAAGGUGCAUAAAGAGUGGUUGAUCGGGUUUAGUUUAGCUGUUUAUUUCAUUCGGCAGGAAACACAAAUCAAAACCAAUGGAAAAAUAAACCCGUCAACUACAAACUGUCAAUAAGUUUGGUGUCAGCCAAAGCAAGCAGGAAUUAAUGAAGAGACUUUUAAGCCGAUGUUUGAAAUAAAUGAAAAUCAGUAAGCGUUUGAUCAUAAAAGAA